CUUUUUAUAUCUUAUUUCUAAAUUUGGACUAAAAAUAAUGACUUCUCAAAUAUACAGCCAGAAGAAGUUUAUUCCCACUGCGCCCGAUAAGGGAAGUUUUCCAUUGGACCACGACAGCUUAUGCAAGAAUCAGUUUUUACUGUAUGUAAGUUGUAUACGGAGAAACGAAAGCGAUAGUGCAAAAUGCCGUCAACAGGCACAGGACUAUUUAAGCUGUCGUAUGGAUAAUAAUUUAAUGGAUAGAACGGAGUGGUCCAGAUUAGGAUUUCGGAAGGACACAGCAAACCUUUAAAUAAUUAAAACCCCUCAACCAUCACAUAAAUUUUACGAGAAAAUUGUAGUUCUGUAUGUCGUAACGUACAUAGUAUACAUAUGUACAUACAUAUGUAUCUAUGUAUGCAUGUACAUAUUUACUGUGCCAGUUCAUGUGAAAUUAAAUAUUAUUAAAAUAAUUUA